CGUAAACAUGGCUGCGUGGCGCUUCUUUUUAGAGUCACGUUUGAUUGUUAUAUUCCUUUGCUUCUUUAACACCUUUGCAAUCAAAGAAAAUGUCGGAGAAGCCAACCGUGUUUGUGUGUCAGGCUCGCAAGUUGUUCAUGUGAAUUUUGGUGAAGGUGGGAUCUCGCAGUGUGGACUCGCUAACUACACGCCAGAUGGUCACGGCGCACGAGAAGAGCGUGAUGAGAAAGUAAAAGAGCACGGAAAGAAAUCUCAAGCUCCAACGCCUUAUCAAGGCCAUGGAUGUAAACAGAGACCUGCAGCUGGUAACACCAAAGUUAAGCCAAACAAGUGCGAUAAUGGAGCAGUACUCCUAAGCAGUCCUUGUGUAAAACCAGCUAAAAACACCAAAAAACACUUCAUUAUUCAUACGCCAGAGCGCGACAAGAGUCUGCAUCUUGUGAUUGCAAAUGAUGCACAACAGAAAAUUAUUUUGACUGGAAAUAAUGAAAUUGAUAAAAGAGUUGGUUACGCUAUGCUGCUGAUGAACACAGGAAAUUUGGAUCAGGCUAUUGGACAGUUUACUGACAUAAUUAAGGAACACCCCUGGGUCACAGCAGCUUAUUUUGGGCGUGGCACAGCCUAUGUACAGAAGGGUCUACAACACAAGGAAAAUGCUGAGGCAGCAAUUCAAGAUUUUUCAACAAUUAUCAGGCUUAGCCCAGACAAUCCUGAUGGUUGGAUCAAGAGAGCAGAGGUGUUCUCUCCUCUGGGAAAUAUCAAAGGAGCCAUAGCUGACAUUAAAGUUGCCUUGGAUCUGAGGCCAAGUUCUCAGUUGUACAUUAUGAGUGGUACACUGCUGUUUAUGCAGGAGGAUUAUGAGGCAGCAUCUAAGAGUUUUGAAAAAUGUUUAGAGAUUGAGAAGAACCAGCCUACAGCUAUGUUAUAUAAAGGUUUAUCAUUAUACCACAGGGGGAGAGUGAAGGAGUCCAUUGAAAUCUUUAAAGUGGUUCUGCAAACAAAUACGAAUCAGGCAGAGUGUCAUCGCAGUCUGGGUCAUGCCUACAGGGAAGUAGGAGAGCCAGAACUUUCUCAUGAACAUUUCACAUCAGCCAUCAAAAUAGAGCCAACUGUUGCACAGAACUAUCACUCCAGGGGAAUCCUAAAUUAUAUGCGUGGAAGGCCCGACAAGGCAGUAUCAGAUUUGAAGGCAUGUCUGAAAUAUAACCCGGGCAGUAUCUCUUGCAAGUAUUGGAAGGGAGUCAGUCAUGCUGCGCUGGGAAACUUUUUCGAGAGUGUAAAAUCAAGCACCCAGAUCCUGCUAGACGAGGCAAGCUCAUCUCCCUUGCAAAAUGUGGAUGUGAUAAAAAGUUAUUAUCUCAAAGAAUAUUCACGUUAUCUUCACUCACACUUGGACACUCCAUUGUCGGAAUACUCACCGGGCACAGAUCUUGAUGGAAGAUUAAGAGAUUUGUGGGUCAAAGGCUUGCCUUUCAAUGCCAAGAAUUACAGUGAACAGCCAGGAAUACAGCCGCAUACACGAGAGGUUGAGAAUGUUUCGUUUGGCGAUUUCAGUCCAGAGGCACAGCUCUUGUUGUGCAAGUCAUCUGUUCUUGGUCCUCUAGUCCAGUACAAUUCCAAUGGAUUCUUACCAAGCAUCAGACAUCAUCGCGCUAUGGGUCUGGCCAUGUUGGAUGUAGCUCAAGUGGCGAAUAAGUACUGGAGAGCUGGCCGGUCAUCGAAAACCAAUCACAAGAAAGCCUCCUGGAGGGACAUGUUUAAUGUGGUUGUUAAAUGGAGAAGACUUUCUGAUGCAGAGCAACCUGUUUUCUGGUUGGACCUUAUGCCGGAGAAAAGUGUCAAAACAGGUUUUAAUUUCCGGAUGAACCUGUUAAGGGGACAGUUGAAAAGCGUGAGGUACUCAGACUACUUUGACAAGAUUUUCCAGUUUACAAAAACAAUGUUACAGCAUUUGUACAGAGUGGAUGAGUUUAAUAAAAAGGAUUUUAAGAGGAAAAUCGAGAAGGCGAAAACGUGUCGUGAGCUUAUACAGGUUCUGAAGCAACACGAUUCAAGAAACCCGCAGCCCGGUAUGAUUUUAUCGACUCACGUGACAAGUUCAAAAGGAGGAGGAAAAAAGAGCUUAGAAGGAUUGAAUUUAAGUCUCUCUGAGAGCGGCUCAAACAUUUUGUUUUCAAUGGACACUCCUACUACACCGGCGAGAACUGCAUCUUAUCAUUCGGAGCUGGAAUAUAUUUGGGAAAAACUGAACGAUGAAAUUAGAAAACCUGGCAACAAGGAUGUAGAUAUCAUUGGCAAUAACAUCCUCUCCCUGGUGUAUUACUUUUUCAAUUUAAUGCCUCUUUCACGAGGAUCAAGUGCUGUGGCUUAUACAGUGGCACUGGGCCUUUUCCUCGCUGUUGGUCGGGAAACAACGGGAAAAAUCCCUCCAGGAAAGGAGGUGGAUUUAGAGGCCAUGAUUGGAGGAUCAGUGGAGAAUUUCACUAAAAAUGUAAAGGGAUGGAUGGGGCUCAAAAAAUUUUCCAAACCAGUGACAUCCCUCCCUCUUGUGAGAGAAGUUUUCCCAACUCUGAGAUCUAUGUUAGAAGCUCUUAAUGCGCAGUUCACGGACGCAGAUUGCAAAGAUAUGAAAUCUCAUUUUUAAUUAAAUCUUUAUAGUUUUCAUAAUUAAAUAUCAUAGUUUUAUAACUAAAGGAAUACUGUCAGAUUGA